AUGUCCAUGCUGGUCUUGGACCUGGUGAAGAAGGUUGGCAAGUCGGUGAGCGAGGUGGCCAGCAAAGCGGUGGAGGCUCUGGCUCCUUCUGAAGAGAAGCAGGAGCGUGUGGCGCGGCGUGAGAGCGAGCGGCGGCAGCGGGAGGAAAUUUACAGACCAGAGGAUGCCGGCUUUGGCGGCGGCCUGGUGGGAGGGCUGCUGGGCAAGGCGGUGGGAUCGAUGCUGAGGGGCGCGGUCGGCGCACUCGGGGAGCAGCUGCGGGAGGCGCAGGAGCAGGUGGCGGACGUGCAGGCCCGCGCGGCACGCGUCAUCGAGUCCAGCAGCCAGCUGCGCCAGAAGCUGGGCGGCAGCGUGCAGGUGGGGGCCGCCUUCUCCCAGAGCAGCUCCACCGCCAUCAUCAACGGCAGGACCAGCCGCAGGGUGACGCUGCUCAUGCCGGUGGCGGGCGGCGGCAGGGUGGCACAGGCGCAGGUGCAGUAUGUGGAGGGCGACACCACCGCCGACCAGCUGAGCAUCGCGGUGCGGCUGCCCAGCGGGGAGGUGGUGCAGCUGGACGGAGGCAGCAGCCCCGGCGGCCAGAUCAUCGAUGUCAGCUGGCAGAGCGUGGACGAUAAGUGA